AGCACUUUCGCGGCUUUGACGAUCCCGCAACGGCCGGACUGGAGCGCUGAGGGGGCCCCGAGACUGCGCGAUGCAGGAAGCGCCCGCGGCGCUGCCCACGGAGCCAGGCCCCAGCCCCGUGCCUGCCUUCCUCGGCAAGCUAUGGGCGCUGGUGGGAGACCCAGGCACCGACCACCUGAUCCGCUGGAGCCCGAGCGGAACCAGCUUCCUCGUGAGCGAUCAGAGCCGCUUCGCCAAAGAAGUGCUACCCCAGUAUUUCAAGCACAGCAACAUGGCCAGUUUUGUGCGCCAACUCAACAUGUAUGGUUUUCGGAAGGUCGUGAGCAUCGAGCAGGGUGGCCUACUCAGGCCAGAGCGUGAUCACGUAGAGUUCCAGCACCCGAGCUUCGUGCGUGGCCGUGAGCAGCUCCUGGAGCGCGUGCGCCGCAAGGUUCCUGCUUUGCGGGGUGAAGACAGUCGCUGGCGUCCUGAAGACUUCGGCAGGCUGCUAAGCGAAGUGCAGGCUUUUCGAGGAGCGCAGGAGAGCACCGAGGCGCGGCUUCGGGAGCUCAGGCAGCAAAAUGAGAUCUUGUGGCGAGAGGUAGUGACACUGCGACAGAUCCAUGGACAGCAGCAACGGGUUAUUGGCAAGUUGAUCCAGUGCCUCUUUGGGCCACUCCAGGCAGGACCCAGUAGUGCUGGAACCAAGAGGAAGCUGUCCCUGAUGUUGGAUGAAGGGAGCUCAUGUCCAGCACCUGCCAAAUUCAAUGCCUGCCCCCUACCUGGUACCCUCCUGCAGGAUCCUUACUUUACUCAGUCGCCCCUCCCAGAGACUACCUUGGGCCUUAGCCCUCACAGGGCCAGAGGGCCCAUCAUCUCUGACAUCCCAGAAGACUCUCCAUCCCCCGAAGGGCCCAGGCUUUCUCCCUCCUCCAGUGGUGGCAGGAGGGAGAAGGGCCUGGCACUGCUCAAAGAAGAGCCGGCCAGUCCAGGGGGGGAUGGCGAGGCCGGGCUGGCCCUAGCCCCAAACGAGUGUGACUUCUGCGUGACAGCCCCCCCACAAUUGCCUGUGGCUGUGGUGCAGGCCAUCCUGGAAGGGAAAGGGAGCUUCAGCCCUGAGGGGCCCAGGAGUGCCCAACAGCCUGAACCAAAGGACCCCAGGGAGGUAACUGACAGGGGAGUUCUGGGCCUAGAGCAGGGAAAUCGGAGCCCAGAGAAUCUGCUUCCUCCAAUGCUGCUUCGGCCUGCCCCGGAAAGCGUGGAGCCUGUAGUACCCCUGGAUGUGUUGGGCCCCAGCCUCCAAGGACGAGAAUGGACCCUGAUGGACUUGGACAUGGAACUCGCCCUGAUGCAGCCCUUGGUUCCAGAGAGGGGUGAGGCUGAGCUGGCAGACAAGGGGUUGAAUUCUCCAGGUGCAGCCUCACCUCUCCUAGGAAAGGAUUCUACUCUGGGAGCCCCACUCCUGCUGGAUGUCCAGAUGGACUUGGGAGGUGCAGCACUCUCCGUGCCAGGGGCUUUAGCCAUUUAUAAUGCUCCUGAGAGCCGGGCCUCCUACCUGGGGCCAGGGACCAGUCCAUCCCCCUAAAAUCUGUACACCUCUAAAAUGGCCUGGCUGAGGAACCAGCCUGCAACAGCACACCCGUUUAGGCUUACUGGCGCCCCCUGCAGGGGUGACCAAUUCCCUACUGAUUGUCCACCUCUCUCCACUACC